AUGUCACCCCUGUCCCCACAGGGUCCCAACCGCGUGCUGUCGGAGCGGCGCUUGGAGCAGCGGCGCCUGCUCAGCACCAUUGGCUCAGCCACGCUGCUGGACAGCGACCUGCUCAAGCUCAACCAGCUCAAGUUCCGGAAGAAGCGGCUCCGCUUCGGCCGCAGCCGCAUCCACGAGUGGGGCCUUUUCGCCAUGGAGCCGAUCGCGGCCGACGAGAUGGUGAUCGAGUACAUGGGGCAGAACAUCCUGCAGGUGGUGGCGGACAUGCGUGAGAAGUGCUACGCCCAGGAGGGCAUUGGCAGCAGUUACCUGUUCCGCGUAGGCCAUGACACCAUCAUCGACGCCACCAAGUGCGGCAACCUGGCGCGCUUCAUCAAGCACUGCUGCACGCCCAACUGCUACGCCAAGGUGAUCACCAUCGAGGCGCAGAAGAAGAUUGUCAUCUACUCCAAGCAGCCCAUCAGUGUCAACGAGGAGAUCAUCCAAGACUACAAGUUCCCCAUCGAGGACACCAAGAUCUCAUGCCUGUGCCGCACUGAGAGCUGCCGCUGCACCCUCAACUAGCCCAGUCUGCCCGG